AUGUGGCCCCUAGAUGGAUGUCAAACACGUCAUAUCUACGCGAUUGUCACCACCGUGUUUCUCAUUGGAUUUUACCUCCACACAUCACUCCAAAAGGAAUUCGAGAAGGCAGACCUUGCAGAACCAAGCAGCUCUGAUGGCAUUCUCACUAAUGAGAAGAUGUUGUCUCUGGAUGAUUACUCUGACCUUCUGGCACGUCUCUCUAUUGUUGGAUCCAUGGCAUCCAUAAUAGCAUGUAUUGCCAUAUUUGUGACUUACACGUGUUUCAAAUCUCUCCGGUCACUGACUGGACUGUGUCUCAUGAAUAAGACGUUAGUUCUGGGUCUGUCACAUUGCUUCAUGUUGUUGGCAUCCGAUGGCAACCUGUCGCUCAUCCUUCCUUCCAGACAUGCACAGAGCAACAGCACUUGGGCAGACCAUUCCAACAACUGCAAAGUCAUCGCGUUUUCUCUGCACUUCUUGAUCCUUGCCAGAUUUGCUUGGUCGAGUGUCUUGGGCUUGCAAUUUCUGAGGAUAGUAGCGAAGAGAAGAAACAUUGAAAACAAGAAGAAGGAAAGCAGACGAUACACACGAUACUGCAUUUAUGGCUGGCUUCUUCCUGCUGUCGUUUGCAGCAUGUGCCUCAUCAAAGACCUAAAAACUAGUAACGUGUAUGGAAGAGUAACUGGAGAGACAUGCUGGAUUGUCGAUCAGCAAACAAACAUGAUCUUGUUCAUGAUUCCAUUUGAACUAACUCUCACCAUCAAUUUCUACUACUUUAUCAGAUUCAUUGGCACCACUCAUCAACUGCUGCAGUGUGCACGAAAUGAACUACGUACCCAGAAACAAAAAGACUUUGGUUGGGGAUUUGAAGUACGGCUGUUCAUUGGAACAUUCUUUAUGCUCGGACUUACCGGCAUGUUGGAAUAUGUUAUGGCAAUUAACAAGAUCUACCGGCUACAAAAUCUCCUAACUCUCAUCCAAAUCUUCCAAGGACCAACCAUUACCUUUACUUUCCUCCUUCAGAAAGCCGUGACAACCAGAUUUACAAGAGUGAUACGAAACCUCGUCAAAGCCAUACUGACACAAAUGGAUACCAGAGAACUCUCCAGCAGAGAUUCUGUCGAUGACACCUCCAUCUGGCUUACAAACACCAACAAGUAUGCAAACAACAAGAUGUCAGUCAUCAGUGGCACCACAGAAGAUCAAUGCUGA